GCCCCAGGCCUGCUCGCCAUGGCCCUUUUCGGGGCCCUCUUCCUAGCGCUGCUGGCAGGCGCACACGCGGAGCUCCCGGGCUGCAAGAUCCGAGUCACCUCCAAGGCGCUGGAGCUGGUGAAGCAGGAGGGGCUGCGCUUCCUGGAGCACGAGCUGGAGACCAUGAUGAUUCCAGACCUUCGGGGCCGCGAGGGACAGUUCUAUUACAACAUCUCCGAGGUGAAGGUCACAGAGCUGCAGGUGACUUCCUCUGAGCUCCAUUUCUACCCGGAGCAGCAACUGGUCCUCCAGAUCACAAACGCCUCCCUAGGGAUGCGCUUCCGGAGACAGCUGCUCUACUGGUUCUUCUAUGAUGGGGGCUACAUUAACGCCUCGGCCGAGGGCGUGUCCAUCUACACUGCCCUGCAGCUCUCCCGGGACCCUUCUGGUCAGAUCAAGUUGUCCAACAUCUCCUGCCAGGCCUCUAUCUCCAAAAUGCACGCGGCCUUCGGAGGAACCUUCAAGAAAGUGUAUGACUUCCUCUCCUCCUUCAUCACCUCAGGGAUGCGCUUCCUCCUCAACCAGCAGAUCUGCCCGGUGCUCCACCAUGCAGGGUUGGUGCUGCUCAACUCCCUCCUGGGCACCGUGCCUGUGCGCAGCCCUGUGGAUGAGCUCAUUGGCAUUGACUACUCCCUCUUGAAGGAUCCUGUGGCCUCUGCCAGCAAUCUGGACAUGGAAUUCCGGGGGGCCUUCUUCCCUUUGGCCGACAGGAACUGGACCAUGCCCAACAGGGCAGUGGAACCCCAGCUGCAGGAGGAGGAGCGGAUGGUGUAUGUGGCCUUCUCCGAGUUUUUCUUUGACACAGCCAUGGAGAGCUACUUCCGGGCGGGGACACUGCGGCUGUCACUGGAGGGGGACAAGGUGCCCCACGAUCUGGACAUGCUGCUGCGGGCCUCCUAUAUUGGGAGCAUCGUCCUUCUGAACCCAGCAGUCAUCGAUUCUCCGCUGAAGCUGGAGCUGCGCGUCACGGCGCCUCCACGCUGCACCAUCAAACCCUCGGGCACCACCAUCUCUGUCACUGCCAGUCUCACCAUCGCCCUGGUUCCACCUGACCAGCCCGAAGUCCUGAUGACCAGCAUGAUCAUGGAUGUGCGGCUCAGCGCCAAGAUGGCACUCCGGGGGAAGGCGCUGUGCACGAAGCUGGACCUGAGCAAGUUUCGAAUCUACUCGAACCAGUCUGCAUUUGAAUCAUUGGCACUGAUUCCUUUGCAAGUCCCCCUGAAGGCUAUGCUGAACAUGGGGGUGAUGCGAAUGCUCAAUGAGCGGACCUGGGACCAUGGGGUGCAGAUCCCGCUGCCUGAGGGCAUCGACUUUGUUCAAGAGGAGGUGAAGAACCAUGCGGGCUUCCUCACCAUCGGGGCUGAUCUCCACUUUGCCAAGGGACUGCGUGAGGUGAUUGAAAAAUAUCGGCCUGUCAACGACAGGGACCCCCAAACAUCCAGUGCCCCUCCACCCUCCACAGCAGCAGACUGA